GCAGAGAGUAGAUCCAAUGGACUGAACAGUGGGCGAGACACUCGUAUAUUUAAUAGAGUGAGGUAGUGUGAAUUUCACACCGAUCAGGAUACACAUGCAAACUGACUCAGAGGACAUUAAGAGCUGAGCCAGCAAAAAGCAACCAGAGGCUGAUCUCCCAUGAGGAGGCGGAAGGCCACGUCAGAAAGCAAAGCAGCGCAGAUGAGAUCGAUUGCUCAGACCCUUGGUCCCCACGCACAGUGCCAAGAAGACACACAGUAGGAGGGCCUCGCACCGCUGGCGACGUGAUCGUCAUGCAGUCCUACAGCAUCGACCACAAGAAAGAGGCUUUUCUCGAGCAUCUGAAACAGAAGUAUCCUAAUCAUGCCUCUAUCAUUAUGGGUCACCAGGAAAGACUCAGAGAACAGGUCAGGAGCUCUGUGCGCAGUGUGACUCCUCAGUGUGCUUUAGGGGAGUCAGGGGAGCAUCUCUCUAUGGCUUGCCUCGACUCUUCGGAGGCCAUGUCGGAGGGAGACACCCCCUCCGCCUUCACCCGAGGUAGCCGCACCCGAGCAAGUCUGCCUGUGGUCAAGUCAACUAACCAGACCAGGGACAGGUCAUUAGGUGUCCUCUACCUACAGUAUGGAGAGGAAACCAAACAGAUCCGAAUGCCCAAUGAGGUGACAAGUGCAGACACUAUCAAAGCUCUGUUUGUCAGUGCAUUCCCUCAACACCUCUCCAUGAAGAUACUGGAGUCACCCAGUGUGGCUAUAUACAUCAAGGAUGACAUGAGGAACAUGUACUAUGAGUUGAAUGAUGUCAGGAACAUCACACCACAAUCUUGCCUGAAGGUUUAUCACAAGGAUCCAGCUCAGGCCUUCAAUCACAACCCCAGAGCCAAUAAUGGUGAUAUAAGGAUCACAAGAGAGAGGCUUUACAGUAACAGACAGCAGCAUGGACCCCACAGCCCCGUGCAUACUCUUUCAGGACCCCAAAGUCCUCUUCACUCAGUCCAGGGCUCCAUGUCUCCUCCUACACCUCGUUCUGUGCCCUCUUCCCCCUCCAGGAUUUCCUACAGCCAUUCUACUUCCGCUACUUUACCCAGGGAGCGCCUGUCGAGCGUGCCCCCCAGUCGCUCCAACACACCCUGCCCUAGUGCCAUCCUAGAACGACGGGACGUUAAACCAGAUGAAGAUCUGAGCAAUAAGAGCGUUCCUGUGUUUGCUGAACCGUAUGCUCAGCUCGAGGCCAGGCUUAGCCUCGCCUCUUCUCAAGGCAGCCAUACUGGAGACAUCCCAGACGGGGCAGCUAAUUUCCAGCACCGUUCCUCUGUCAAGUCCACCAGCGCUUACCCAGACGGCCAGGACCAGCACACCCUCUACAGGCAGAAAUCCCGCAAGUACAGCGAGAGUCAGUUGGGCUCCAAAACUCCGCCUGCUUCCCCACACAGGGUCAAUGAGGUCAGAAUGAUUGACACUCACCCAGGCCAGAACUCACACAUGCAAACACAAGGUGUAGCGAUGGAAAGGGCAUCAACUGUCAGAAGAUCUUUACGUAAGGACGGUAAUGGAAACAUGGAGGUGACCAGGGUGAGAGGCAACAUGACUUCGCCGGUUUUUGCAGACUUUCCACCUGCUCAUGCAGAGAGACCAUUUCAGGUUGUCUCAGCUGGAGAUCCACAGAGUGUAAGAAUAAAGGCCAUGGAGAAACAAAUAGCCAGUCUGACUGGACUUGUUCAGCAUGCUCUUUUCAAAGCCCCGAAUACAAGUGCCAAAGAGACCACCAGUGAAAAAACAUUGAGGACCUCUCCUACUCAUAACAUAAAUGAUGGUGGUUUAGCAUCCUAUAAAGACCCAGAUGUGAAUACAGACUUUCCUCCAGCACAGACUCAACCUCCUGUCACAGAUCCUGCUGUAUGCUCACUCCUCUUCACCUUCAAAAGAAAUGUCUCUGACCUCAGGCUGCAGCUCUACCAGCUCAAACAGCUGCAGAUGCAAAACCAGGAAACCAUGAAGAUGAUGCUGCGUCAAGCAGAAAAGGAGAUAACUGGCAAGCUUUCAGACACUCCGCUGCGUCCAGAGGACCCUGUUCAAAGACAAAGAGUCCUGGUGGAAGAAGAAAGACACAAGUACCUGUGCAUGGAGGAGAACGUUCUCUUUGAGCUUGGAGAGCUGGAGAACUAUGUUGAGAAGCUCAAGCAAGAAUCCACCUGUGGCACGAGCCAUCAAGCAGUCACCCUGAAGGAUGUGGAGGAAGGGGCGGUCAAUCUGCGGAAAGUGGGAGAAGCUUUGGCCACACUUAAAGGAGAGUUCCCGGAGUUGCAGAUGAAAAUGCGUGCGGUGUUGAGGGUGGAGGUGGAGGCUGUGCGUUUUCUGAAGGAGGAGCCGCAUAAGAUGGACAGCAUGCUGAAGAGAGUCAAAGCCCUGACUGAGACUCUCAGUGGACUGAGAAGAUAUGCUUCUGAUAGCCAGAACCAUCCAUCUGAACCAGUAAAGACAGUUACUGAUUAUUCAGUUGUCUAUGCUGAGGGAUGCAGAUCUCCCAAACCCGUGCAGGAUUCUCCCACUCCACAGCCAAGAUCACCUGCAAAAGUCAGUAGCUCAGAGUCCACACCCUCAUGCCACUACACGGUGCACCAGGUUCGGAACACUCCCAUCAGCACACACCACGCCAGCCCCCCGCUCACACCCUCCCACGGCCGGGACUCGCCCACUGUGGCGCUGGUCAUACCCAGGAGCAGAGAAAACAGUCCCGAUCUCAAAAAGAGAGCCGCUCCACAGGGCCAGGAAGCUCAGCUGUCAGCCACUGCGGUUAGAACUGGACCUUUAUCAUCUUCACAGCUCAUGGAGGAGAUCACCUUUAAUAUUAACACAAGCAUGUCCGAAGAGGUUUCAGAAAGAGCCAUGGAGGGAAAGCACACAAACAGCACGCUUCACACUGCUGGAAAUGAAAUGGAGAAAGAAAUGGAAAGAAUCCUUCAGCAGACCCAGGCCAGCCUUUUAAACUCCAUACCUGACCUGGAGUUAAGCGAUCGGGCAGACAAAACCUCCUCCCAACCACCCAGCAGCCGAGAUGAGAUGGAGUUUUCACUUCCUGUGUCUCCACUUCCUGAAGCUAGACCACAAGAUGGACCCAAAGCAGACAAACCAGUCCAGACCAGUUUAGAGAGACCACAGAAGGCUACCAUAGAAAAGCCCCACAGGGCUAGUGUUGACAGAGGAACGCCCAACCCUGAGACCGCCAGCAAAUCGCCUCCUCCUCCCCCUCCACGCAGAUUCUACCCCUCCGGAACUAGGCUCACCACCGGUCGGUCAGGAGAGGUUAUCUACACCACCCGGAAAGAAUCAACUAGCGCUCAGGAGGCUGAGGAAGAAGCUCCACCGCCCAAACCCUUGCGUGUGCCCCCGGAGGUCAAGCCCAAGCCUUGCAGCCCUCCCCCCGUCAACACCUCCACUUUACAAGAUGAAGAAGAUAAAGGAGAUAAGAUUAUGGCUGAGCUACGGCAGAACAGCACUCAUAGGUCAGAGGAAGGAAAACUAUCUGAAAUUACAGAAGAUAGUGUAACACCUGGCUCACCUAGGGUCAUAUUUUACAACACCGGAACAACCACAAAGACGUCAAGUGCCAGUGCAGCAGCUGACCUGCAGGUUCCCACAGAAGCAACUUUCCCUUCAUCCAAGGUUGCAUCUGAAAAGGCUUCUGACCUUCACAACCAACCAAACCUGUUGACAUCAGAUGAAGUGUCUAAAAUUUCAUUUAAAUCAGAGACCCAAAGCAAGCUGAGCGAUGCUCAGCAGGUGUCAUCCGGUCCCGUAAACUCGUGUGCUGUGGCUGUUAAAGAACGAUCCCUCAUAAAUCCCAUAGAGAUGAAGACUGAAUCAGUUCUGAAGUCACUAAAGCAGGAAGUCCCGAUAACCUCAGAGACAAUCAAACCUGUUGAGACAUCGGAGCAGCAGAUAGCGUAUACAUCUAAUGAGCAAGACACGUCAGUAAAACCUAGAACGACCACUGUCGAAGUUACACUUGUUAGCACAAGCUCUCACAAUGCUGAACCUCAGGUUCACUCACCCAUCAGUCAACCAAGCAGUGCCACAUGGUCAUCACAGCAGAAUGACAUUGAGCAGCAAGUAAUAAUGAGAUCAUCCAAUAGUCAGUUCAGAUACACAGAGGAUGCCAGUUUAAGUCCAGACCUCCCCGGAGAAGAAGCCCCCCCUCCACCAAAUAACAUCGCCUUUAGGAUCACUAACUCCAAAGUACAGGCUUUGUCCACAGGAGAAUACCAACAGCUGGUAAACAGCAGAGGUGAGGACGUCCAGACUCUUAAAGUGGGCUCGGAACAGACCCUUUAUGCCCCAGAGGACUGCGGAUAUGACAAGAGGCCGGUGAUUAUCAUUUUCGAUGAGCCAAUGGAUAUCCAUCAGGCGUACAAACGUCUAUCCACCGUCUUUGAGUGCGAGGAAGAGCUGGAGAGAGUUCUGUCCGAGGAACGCAUCGACGAAGAGACCGAAGAAGAAGUGGAAAUGACCUCGAGGAGUCACGUUGAACAGAUAAUGAUCCGAAAUAAUAUCGUAGACAAGGUCAACAAUCAGAGAAGUAGCAGCGUCGGUAAUGCGUUGCCUUUACAGAGACAAAGUUCCUGCGAGAGCUCCUCUCCCGACGUCGAAGACGGAGACAAAACGGGAUCGCCCAAAGACGCAAAAAAGAAAUUCAAGUUUAAGUUUCCCAAGAAACAGCUCGCCGCCAUUGGUCAGGCCCUUCGCGCGGGGACCAAAACGGGGAAGAAGACUCUGCAGGUGGUCGUGUACGAGGACGAAGAGGAACCGGAUGGAACCGUGAGCGAGCACAAAGAAGCCAAGAGGUUUGAGGUCAAAACCAACGCAGACCCUGAUUCAACCACCCCCCGGCCUGUAUCCCAAAGCUUGAACGCCACAUCCCAGACCGCCAGAGACAGGACAGAGGAAAUCCGUAAGACGACAUACCAAACGUUAGAUAGUCUCGAGCAAACUAUCAAACAGCUCGAAAACACCAUAAGUGACAUUGGACCCGGACUGUCGACUGAAGUCUCCCACAGAGACUCAAAGCUUGAAAGAAUCCCACUUCAGACAGAAACAGAGGACGGGAGUCCCACCAAAAAACCACCACCUCUGAAACCAAAACCACACAAGUCAUCUCAACAUAAGAGAUCCAAAGCACAGUCACGUUCCUCCACAAGCACCUCGGGCUCCUCCAGUUCCUCCAGCUCCAGCAGUAAACAGAACACCGGCGACCCACCUGCUUUGAGUAGGAUUUCAUCGCCUAAAUCUCGCCCGCAUCUUGGGAUCGCGGAAAAACCCGAAAAGCCCCAGAAGCUUCAGGAUCCCCAGAGGCAAUUCCGACAGGCUAACGGCAGCGCUAUGAAAGCUGAUGAACACGCCUCCCUUGCUUUGCCUGUUUCUAAGAUCCCAGCCUGUGUUCGUAGCACAAGGACCCGUUCUCUUAACUCAAAUGUUUUAAGGGCUACUAAGCAAACCUCUUCCUCUAAAUCCUUUAUCCCGUCUCUCAGUCUGAGCUGGCCCAGCUGUGGACCCGAUUUGACCUCGGAUGACUCUAUCCAAAGCCCCCGCCGCUCUCGUCGAUCUAAAGAUCAAAACCUCGCUCUUUGUCCACACGCUCAAAAUGUCAAGUACUGCUCUUAUUGCUAUUCAUCCUCUGGCUCCUCUUCUUCCUCUGUAUCGCCAACUUCUUCCCCUUCCUCUCUUCUUUCACACACUGCCGUGAGUCGAGGUGGCCGGACUGCACACACGGACGGCAGCAGCACACCAGCAUCCUCAAGCGGAGACAUGGCAUGAGCUUUCCAUUGCUCUCUUUAUUUCUUGUUUGCACUCGUGUUGGGGGAUUUGAGAUGUUCUGUAAUGAAGACAGAGAUUUGUCUUGAUUUGAUGCUGUGUAUUUAGGGUUGUAUUACUGUCUACUUCUGAAAUCUUAAGAAUUCAACAAAAUAGAUCUACAGUCACUUAUGGUGCUUCUGAAAUGCCUGUUUUUUUAUUGAUAUGAGGGACCAUAAACGACAGUGUUGGCUUUAUAUUUUACAAUGCAUUCAAAAUAUUAUUGUUUAUUUACAUGAACUGUGUCAAACAUGCUAUUUUGGAGAAAGGAAAAAGGAUGGAUAAAGACUAUUUUGUAUUAAUUAGCAAUAUACAUUAAGUUUUAGAAUUUACAAUGAUUGAAAUAAUGGCGUAAAAUCAAGAAAUGUUUUGUAAUAUUCUGUAGAAUUACUGGGACGCAAAUCAAAUUGAACCAGAUUUGUGACAUUGACAUUUGCUUGUGUUGGAGCGGUCUCAGGUAACAUUGACCAGAUAAAAUACAAAAUUAUUUCUCAAAUAGAAACUACAGUUCUCACAUCAUAGAAAGGGAUCUAAUCGAAUGAGUGUUAAUUCCUCCUCAACUCCAGUGAAGUGCCAGUUUAAACUAACAAUAUGCAGCCUAUGAACUGUUUUAUUGGUUGUUUCGCCACAACGCCACAUGAACGUAUUGUUCUAUAAAGACUCUACGUGACAAACAAAGUGUAUAUAGUGUGAGUGGAUGACAUACGAUCAUUGUAGUAGUUCUGUAGCUAUGUGUUGCGCCACUCUUACACUCCUUUAAAAAGCUUGUCAAUUGCCAAAAAUAAAAGUUGUUUACUUAUCAAGUAUUGCUCGAAUAUUGGAUAUUAAAGGUGUUUAACUUUGUGCCAAACUUCACUCCUAUGCAUGCUUCCCAUACAUUUAUUCGGAGAAUAAUGCAAAGGUAUAUUGCUGUAAAUAUGAUCUCUGUUUUUGUAUAACUUGUACAAAAAUUGUGUGAAACGAAAGCUUGCCAGAUGUUUAUGAAAUAAAGGGCUGCCAGUG